AUGCCACUCUCACAUCUUUCAAAACAUCUGUCAACGUAACGGUCACGUCUUGUACUCCUCUAUCGUCUGAUGCGGCGGCUGCUGCUGAUGGUGGUGGUGGUGUUUGUGUCAGUGAGCGAACACCUCUCAUGAACGCGACCAGCCUUGCCUCGGCAUGCCCGUAAGUACCAGUUUGAAGGCUGAAGCAAUACUAGGCUUAUAGAAUUCUUUUACGGGGCUAUUUUUUUAAUUAUUUUUUACACAACCGGGUGUAUGUGGAUGUUUGUGAUAAACACGAUGCGCAUUUACACGGGGAGUUCCCAUGCAUCAUGUUUGAGGAGAAACGGUUUCUGUUAUUUAAAAAAGGACAGAAGAGUUGUCCAGAAACGCAUAAACCAAACGGUCCGAAUUACGUCUAAACAUAAUUAUGUCUCACGAUAUAAUUUAAAUUCACAGGUUUCUCGCGGAGUAUACCAGUUGUAUGACCCGUAGAUGCAAAAGUAAUGCCAAUCUGGAGUCAGCGCUGGAACAACUAAAGAACACAUGUGGUAACGAUUAGAUUAAUCAAAUCAGUAUGCUCAAUAGAAUCUAAGUGUAUGCCAAAAAUUAUCAGAGUCAAAACCCUGGCCUCAAUGGAUUCUCAAGUAGCUAGUAAAUAUUAUAUUAUUAAAGUACUAACCCUCUCCUAACCCACACACUGACAAAUCUUUAUAACCAUUGUACUUCAACUAAAUCUUCAAUGAAUGGGAACGAUUGACACACGAUUCCUCCUCGGGGAUCCAGUCGACAAGUCUGUGGUGGCUUGCUGGUUAGGAAUGCGCUGGCCACCGGACACCCCCCCCCCUUGGCGUUAACCCAGGGGAACAAAACCACUAUCGCGCGUCCUGCGUGGGCAGACAAGGGACAUGCAUGGUACCUGCCGGAAAUAAGAACAGGGCCUACAGGGCUGCCAACUGGGACGCUUCACAGUUGAAAGUAAAGGCAGAGAAAGUGUAGGGAUCCUGAUUACAAGUUGCCGUUAAGGGAUGUGAGGCUAUAGGCCAAGGUGGAAAUCUCUAGCCAAUGAUUCUUUACACGCAGCCCUGAGAAAGUUUCUUCUUGGGCAACAAAUACUCCGCAAGCUAGUUGCGUGGUGGAAACCCAAUGUAGGAAACACUAUUAUUGGGCGUCCGACGCUUCCCCUAGAUGGCUUGGGGAAUAUAUUAGGACGUUAAUUUACAAUCCCGACUCCCCGAGAGAGUCGGUUGCGAACGCUUUAAACGCAGCGUUUCGGUCGAACGGACGUCCCCGGGCUGGGGAAGCCUACAACCGCAAAUCCGAUCGAGCGGUUGCGUGUGAGGGCGGUCAAGGUCCGGGGAAGUCCCUGGCGUGCCGCCGCAUGGCCCAGCGUCAGGGAGACCCGGCGUCUGGGCUGUGUGGAGGUGCGUCAGGGAGGGCAUUAAGAGCUCAUGCUCGACGGCCCGCCGACGCCAUUUCCCAAUGUAACAUACACGAUUUAUAAAAUGAUAACACUUUGUCGUCAGGACAAGAGAAAAUGAAAAAAAAUUUAAUAAACAGGAAUUAUUUUAAAGUAAUAUCGUUCCUAAAUGAAACUAUUGCUAUAACUAGAAGCCAUGGCCCGGUGUUACACGGAUUUUAAAAAAAUAUGGCACUUUGCGCUUUUGUCAACAUCUAAAUGUCCAUUUUUACGCACAUAAGAGAAUCGGCUAUGAACGUACCGUAAAGUAUCUUGUAAUAUAGUAAGACAUUAAUCCACGUCGUUUAAAUAUAUGUUUAAAAAAUAAUAAAUCAGACUUUCAUUUAAAACAGUUUUCAAUGUAUAUUUAUAUACGUUUCUAACAGCCUUGGCUUUGAGAAGGUUUAAUAUCUAGAGACAGAGGCCAAAUCAGUUGUUCCUGUUUUUCAAAGGGAAGAUGCCGGAAAUAUCGUGUCCUUUUCGGGGGUGUCCCAAUUUUUAUAAAGACUAAAGUACCAUACUUAAAAACCAAAGAAGACAUAGAGAAUAUCAAAUCUCAUGUGAUAUAUGACCUUAUCUCUGAUUCAAAUAAUUUACUUUAAAUAUUUAUUCAAUUGAUAAUUUUUGAUUUAUUUAUGAUCUAUAAUAAUAAUAUUUACGUAAGGAAGAUCCCAGACACUUACAUAUGCACAAAUUUAUUGUAUUCGAUUUCUAAAUGAUUCGAUUUCACACCAAAAGAUUUUUUAAGCAUUCCGAUAUGAAUUUUAUGCUACGCGGUUAUUGAACACAAAUCUACACGCCAUUAGUGUUAGGAGCGGUGUCAUAAGUUCAUAAGUCAUCGUAUCGGUAGUUGUACUGCGUGCCCUAUUAAACUCAGCACUGCGUGGUCUCAUUUACUUUCUCUUCUAUAACAACUUCCCUCUCAACGUUAUCUCCUUUCAAACUUGCAGGUGGGAUGAGUUCAGUUGAAACAACACAGAAACCUGCAACGACGACAAGUAUGUAGUUGUUUCCGUUUUUGUGUGCAUUGAAUUGAAUGGAAUAUUUCUAUAGCGCUUGUACCCAUGCCACUUUAGGACGCUCACAGCGCUCUGGUGUUCUUAAAUCUAUUUAAAUUAAAAAAGGUAUUUCAAUGUUUUUUAAAUGAAUUUUUUAUUUUAUCAUUUUCAAUUUCCCCCAAAGAUUGGGGCAAGCUGUUCCAUAAUUUUGGAGCUGUCGCUUCAAAAGAGCGCAUUCCGAAUGAAUUUUUUCUGUGUGUAUCCACACUGUGACUAUAUCAUAGCUUGCUUGAUUUUUUUUUUUUCAUUUUGUCAACAAACAAGAGUAAUUCAAUGUCUUUUUUUUAUCUUGCUGUAAUUUAUUUUCAUCUUCUAACUAAGGUUCAAUUGGGAUCACACUAAUCUAGGGAUCCCAACGGGAUCAGGAACCCACCGGGAAAAGGGGAUCACACUGGGAUUAUGAUACACCCGGGAUCGGAAUCACACCGGGAAACCCGAUCCUGACGGCAUCGAAACCCACAAGGAUCGGUAUCCCACAAGGGAUCGCGAUCGUGAUGCAACCGGGAAUAGGAUCCCACCUUGGUCGUGAUCCCACUGGGCUCGGGAUACCAAAGAGGUCGGGAACCCACUGGGAUCGAAAACCUGAUGUACAUUAAUAUUUGAAGUCAUUGUUCAUAGUGUGGAUGGACACUGAUAGAAAUCCUUCGGAGUGCGCUCUUUUGAAGCAAUACUUACUUACUUUUGCCUUUCUACCCCGCCUGGGGCAUAGGCCUUGUACAAGAAAUUUCCACUCAUCACGGUUCUGCUCUUUUCUUUCCAAUUGCUUCCAGGUGUAUCCCAUAUUUUGCGUGUCUGCCUCUAGCAAACGUCUCCAUGUAUUUUUAGGACUUCCUCUCUUUCUCUCCCACUGUUGGUUCCAUGUUAGGCAUUGUCUGGUGGUGCUAUCGGGGGUUUUGAAGCGAUAGAGGCUAAGUUAUGAAUACCCUCAUGUGCUUUCUCUUAAAUAAAAACUCAUCUCCUUUCAAACUUGCAGGUGGGAUGAGUUCAGUUAAAGCAACAGAAAAACCCACUACAACGACGAAAAGUAUGUAGUUGUUCCGUUUUGUGUGAAUUGAAUUGAAUACUUACAUCCAUGCUACUUUAGCAUGCGUCUCCAUGUAUUUUUUAGGUCUUCAUCUCUUUUUUUUCCUCUGUGGGUUCCAUGCUAGGCAUUGUCUGGAGGGUGCAAUCGGGGGUGGGGGGGGGUCGAAGCAAUAGCGGCUAAGUUAUGGAAGUCUUUGGGGAAUUUUGAAAAUUAAAAAAAUAAAUCAUUUAAGAGACAUUUAAAGACAUUUUUCUUUCAUAUAGAGUUGAUGAAAUCAUGGCUUUGGGCAUGGUAGAACAGCAUGGACACAAGCGCUAUAUAAGUAAUUAAUCAUCGUGGUUAAAACAAAGACAUUUGUAAUUUAGGUCAUUCUAUAUAUUAAUAAUUAUUUAGUCACAAACACAGAUUUAUAUUUCUAAAACGGCUGUGGUCGUAGCAAAGACCCCCACCCCCUCAAGCACAAAACGAAGAUCAAGUCAAGUGUGUGAUCCAGAAGCUCGAGAGCCGUGCGGCCUGCGGAGGCCUACACCGGGAUACUGUAAUCACUGGUACCUCUUUGUAGACUUUGCCGAAGGAUGCUCCCCAGUUACUUCAUACGAUUUUCUUCCCCAGACUCAGUUUAGACGUGACUUCGGUGCACUUUUGCAGCGUAGGAUUACAUCAGGUUUAGAUCCUCUUGCAUCCACGUCUGCUAUUUCUGCGUAUUAUUCCCCGAGCACCGUGUAACCAGAUCAUCAGAGAACAUUGCAUUCCAUAACUCCGGUUUCCCUUGUGCAUCGUGUGCACAUCUUGGGAACAAGUUGCAGCUCACGGCCGAUUCAUGAGAGAGUCAGUCUUCAAGUGCAUCCAUUUGUUACUUUAUCCCCUAUUCUCAUUGCGAUCGUCUGAUUCGAUGAGAUUGAAUGGAUCCAAGAUACAUGUUCGCAGUGAUACCGAGUUUCUGCAAUGUGCACAUGAAGUCCAUGCAGCACUCUUUGUAUUGUGCCUGCUGGAGGUCAAAGACUAUUGCCAGUGUGUGAUAUUUCAUCUGGAGUUCGUUGGAAAUGGUUUGGAAAAAAAAGUGGAUAAUUUUGUUCUUCGCCUGGUGUGCCUCGCAAAAGCCAACAUGGUCAGUGUUAAGCUCUUUUUUUUUUGUCCUAAAAAACCACCCAAACCCGAUAGUACGGCUAUCUGGCGAUAGCUUGACAGAAGUUCGCCUGGUUUAAUAUAUUUUGGAAUACGGAUUAAUGUUGCCCUUUUCCACGGCUUCGGUGGAACGCCUGGGCGAUCCAUUUCUAGUGUAUUUUGUCUUGACCUGUUGCGUUUGCUGACUUGCACUUAUCUAGAGCAUGUCGCAAUUAUGUUAACGUGAAAACUUGCAGUGAAAACGCCCCUGCAUGGUCCCAUUCGUCGGGCUAACGCUCUCUUUUUUUUUAUUCGCAGACGUUUGAUAAUUGGGGUUUCCUCAGUCUCUCGGGAUUUUUUGUGCUUUCCCUUUUGUGAAAUGUUUGUUAAGCACCAUUCACCAGCGUGCCGUUUACUGUUUAUAUGGAGUUUGGGGCUUGUCUGCUGACCCGUUCCAGAGAAAUUAUCUCUGAUUAUCCAAACUGUUCGCUCAUCUACGACGUUUAGUUUAGCAGACGUUAGCGCCUGCUUGGCCAUUUUUUUUUUUUUUUUUUUUUUUUUUUUUUUUUUUUUUUUUUAUUUUUUUUUUGUUUUAAGACCGCUUGGAUUGUAAAACAUGGUCUAAUGUUUAAUACAUUUCAACUCGUCUUUGUCAAAAAGACUUUCAAGUAUUAUACUUCAUAAGAAUCCCAGAUUCGUGCAAACUUCUGCGAAUUUUAUUAUUCACACCUACUGAGCACUUCGUUACAGACGUCUAUAUUAUCCUUAAAAAGAUUACGAUUUGUGAUAGUAAAAGAAUUAAAGAGCACUGCUUAAUAGAAUUUAGAUCACAAAUUUAGGAAAGAGUUGGUAAACUAAAAAGUUUUUGGGACAUAAUGCACUUUUUUUUUUGCUGAAAGGUUUUGAAGAGAAAGCGAAGAAUCACGUGAAGUCAAGGUGAAUUUUCUUUAAAAUAUAAGCAAACAUUUUUUUAAAGAAGUCACUGAGUAAAAAAAUUAACAUUUUCUUUAGUUUUCAUUUGACAUAUGUCAUUUGAGAUUUAUAUCUUAUUUAAAUGUGUGUGUUCUAUCUGGUAAUGCUUUUUUUUUCUUCCUUUAUUCUGCACAGAUAGUGAUACUUCGACUGAAUCAUUGGUGAAUGCGUCCUUGACAUUGAUGAGCGUUGGUGCAAGUUUGGUUCUCAUCCUGAAGUAGAGAAAAUCAGUUUGCAAAGUUGAAUGUCGCUUGGGCUUUUUUUUAACGAUUAUUCAUUUCCAUUUGGCAAUGUCAUCGUUAGGUAUAAUUCUGUUUCGUACCGGUAUACAUUUUAAUAAAGAUAAUUCUGUAAUGAAAACCUUUUGGACAUACUUAAGUGAUGUCAACGCAAGCUUUGUUUAAGUUAACUUUAAAUCAAAAUAAUAAUAAUAAUUGCAAUUCUUUCAUCGAAAACUGCCAAUUAUUCAAUGUACCGAAACGAUUUUUUUCCCCCUAUAUUUAAUGAUGUUUGCAGACUAGGGGAAUGUAACAAAUAACGUUUUCCUUAGUGUGUAACGUGUUGACGACCUCCUACAAAACUGACUUGUUUUUAAAAAAAACUGAAUUGAGUUUUGGGUGGGGUGGUGAACCCAUCGACUACGUCCCACAAUGAGAAAGAAAGCAGUGCGCUGACAAAAAAAACCUCUCUCCCAUCGAUCAAAUAUAAAUGCAUUUAACAUGAGUAAGUUUUAAAUCACUGUAGCACAGUUGUGUUGUUUUUUUUGUUGUUGUUUUUGUGUGUGUGAAUACAUUUUGUUUAACGUGUAGCGUGCGCUUUAAAUAGUGUUGCUAUCAAUUUCGGGCAGCAUAAAUCUAACACGUGUAAAUAAUAACAGAAUAAUUGUAAGCCGCAGGCUGCUUCUUUCUUUUAAAAUAAUAGUCUGUACUCUGCAUGGGACCACAGCCAGUGGCUUGGUUUAUUGUGAUUAUUGGGAAGGGCUCAAAGUGCUUUCCCCCCCCCAAAAAAAAAAAAACCUGCGGAACCCCAAAACGAAAAUCCUGGACUGUUUGUUAAGGGUGGCAAUAUUUUAUUAAUACUUGUUGGUUUCUAUAACAAUUGCAAAUUGAAAUAAAAUUUCUCUCUAAAAUGUUCAAUAACUUUACAAUAAAAACUGUUUUAAAUGUCUGAGCAUUGAUGACCUUAAUAGUUGUUUUUAAUUUUAAGCGCUUGUUUGUGUUUAUGUUUCAAAAGUCACAACAUUUUAAGAAUUUGCUGCAGAUAAAAAGGUCGUUUCUUUUUGUGCUCCAGUGGCGUAGCCGGUACGGGUAAAUAAUUUUUUUCACCUUACCCCAUUUCCAAAGGAAAAAAAAACUCUUGUGUAUGCCCAAAACAACACCCGUCAAUAUAAAAAAAAAGAAAUGCCACUGGGCGGAUCCGUCGUCACCCCCCCCCCCUAAUGCUACGCCACUGUCUUAUUGGACCAAGAUUAGUUUCUUUCUGUGUCCUGUUUGAUAAGCAUUCAUUUUGUGCUUGUCAAUUUAAUUUUUUUUUUAAAUUCUUGUCCUGUUUGUCAUUCGUAAAGAUUGUGUGAGUGUAUGUGGCAGUGUGUGUUGGAGUGUGGAGUGUGUGUGGGGGGAUUGUGUGUUGUAUUGUGUGUGUGUGUGUGUUUGGGAGUGUGUGUGUGUUUGUGGCAGUGUGUUGGAGCGGGGAGUGUGUGGGGGGGACUCUGUGUUGUACUGUGUGUGUGGGGGGUGCGUGUUUGGGAGUGUGUGUGUGAGUAAUGUGUGUGGUAGUGUGAGUUUAAAUGUGUGGGAAAGUGUAAAAAAUGAGGUUGGUUUCUUUUGGUGUGGGGGGGGGUGUCGUUAAAGGAGCUGACCUUGUACAUUUGAUGACUCUCCCAAGCACAUAGUAGACUCCCUUUUUGAACAAUGGCUAGAAUCAGACGCCAUCAAUCUUGUGAGGCAGAAGCUCAUGUGGCACAACGGGUUCCCCCCCCCCCCCCCCAUAUAUCAGAGUAGGAGACAGAUACGCAAUUGAUCCUCAAAAAUAGUAACAACAGUCAUAAGUGAUCACCAGGUACACACACUAUCGUAUUUGUAGUAGGGGGCUGAUUCUACCACUCCUUGAAUGGCGACAAAAGGCUAUUAUUAGUUAUCUCUAUCAUUCGUUGUAGUUUCCCGAGUUUAAACAAAAUAGACAUGACAAGAUGACCACAAAAGUAGAGUUGGCGACACAAAACAUGUAUGUGUACACAGCCAGGUCGAAGGUUGAUCGAUAAAAUUUACGAAAUACUUAACGUUCUAAAAAUACGCCUUCAACAACAACAGAAACAAACAUAUAACUUCUUACUGUGGUAAAUAACCCCGGGCGUAGGAAGAAAGGUGGGGUGUAAGGGGCGAUAUGCCACGGGGUGGGAGGGGGGGGGCUAAAAAUAGUGAGGGUCAACAUUUUUGGCUAACUUCGGUGGGGGGUUUUUUCAGGGUGUGGGGGGGGGGCUGGACAGCCCCGGGUGACACUAACCCCAGCUACGCCACUGUACAUAACAUGGUAUAAGGAAUAACACCUCUGUGACUAUCAUUUUUUUAACGGGAAAAUAAAUGAAAAUGGAUGCAAAGACCAAACACUCUUGCUGGUGGUCUUAAAUUCAAGCAAGUUACCCUCUUGCUGGUGGUCUUAAAUUUCCUUCUAUUUCAUUUGCAUUUUAUUAUUUUUUUUAAACAUUUUAUGUGUAUUAUCUUUUGCAUUGGUAACGCGAACCACAUGUGGGACGCAUGGUUUUGUAUUGAACAAAUUAACUACCGUCUCUGGCACACAGCGCUGUCGUUCCUGAACGAAGAGCCUCAUUGACAACUAGGAACAAAUACGUUUUGGGAUUUCUGAUUAUUUGUAGUAGUUUCUAGUUUUGUUUUUUUCUGCCGAAGAAGGCAUCUCGUCGAAACGACCAUUUAAUUGUCCUGUCUUUUCAUCUCAAGCCUAAACAUGUCUUGUUCCAAUAUGUAUUGUAUAAUUGGUAUGGUGUCGUGUUUAAUGAUGCAUGGAUAUUGUACCAAGGGUAUUGUACCACGGGUAUUGUACCACGGGUAUUGUACCAAGGGUAUCGUACCAAGGGUAUUAUACCACUGGUAUUUUACCAUGUGUAUGGGUAUUAUACCAUUUGUAUUGUAACAUAUGUAUUGAGUGUUUUCCCUCCAUAAUCGAUAGGUACACAUGGUGUAUCACCUUUGUCUAUCUCCGUAUCUUUAAAGUAGAACCUUCCUGCUUGACUAUUUUGGUCGAUGUCAUGAUCGGUUGUAUUGCAUCGAUCCGUUCGACGACUUCUUAUCUUCCCAUGACGUGGAUACAAGAAGCCCUUCCACUUUAUCUGUGACAUUAUAAAACAGACAUUGUAUCAGUCGUAAAAAAACAAAAGCAAGGCAGAGUGUUCCUGGUAUUUAUCGUCGACUCGUCGUACUCAAAAUAUUUCUUCUGAUGACAGUUGCAACAUCCUUGAUUUGCUUGAUUUUAACUUUUAUGUGUCAACAUUUAAUUUUAUACUUUUUCUAAAAAUAUUUAUUCUUUAAUCAAUUUUUUUUAAUACUUUUUUUUUUAAACAUAAAAAAGCUGAAUCUUUUUUUUUUUCAAAAAAGUUGACUUAAAUAUGUUGUCAAACUAUGUUAAAAACUUAGAAAAUCUAACUCGUCUACUCAGAUAUUACUAAAAGGAUAAUUGUUCAACGGAUUAGUUUGUUUUUUUCAUAAAUCAUCAAUAAAAAUGAAAAUGUCCCAUGUAACGCUAGGUGAGAAUUCAAAUAAUAUUUAUUUUUACAGAAAUUGUUUAUUUGCAUGAAUAUAUGUGUUGGUUUUUUUUUUCAUUAUUUUGUUUGUCAUAAGUGGUGAGGUAUCGGUAAUUACGAAUGCUAUUGUGAAUGUUAUUUUAAAAGCCGUCUUCCUGAGAUGUUGUAGGGUUGGGCGGAAAAAAACGCAUUCCUGGCCACGGGAAAUGCCUUGAUCCAGAGAUCCCGUUGGUCUAAGGAAAGUGUUUGGGAUGUGAAAAGGUUUAAUGAGCUGGCGCGUUUUGUUCGUGUUUGAAUUCGAGUUGAGGCGCAAUUUACGCAUCUUUACCCAGAAGAUGGAUGCACCACGGUGCGGCCCCGCGCGGAGAUGUACGGCGCCGCUACUGAACGCCCAUUCAGAUACGUCACCGCUCCGAUAAAUGGGAUAUGGCUCUGGAUGUCAAUUUUGAACAGACAGCUCUCAAAAGUUCUUAUGUUGCCAACUUGACGCCCCUUGAGAAUACUUACCGCCCCUGCUAGUUAAAUUUAAGUCAGUAACAUUAUUACAAACGUUUUUUUUUUAAUGUAAAGAAACAAUUAAAUAUUUAAAUAUAUUUUUUUGUAUUACGCUACAACAAUUAUUCAAAUUGUGCCAAUUGUAAAUUUCAGCUCUGUUGUUUUUGGCUAUUGCCUUCGGUAAGUCAAAUGUUUUGAUGUGA